AUGAAUCCCAUUUACAUCAGAAACUCGGAAUACUUGGAAGCAUGCUUUAUUCACAAACUUAAUCUGAAUGAACUCUUUGAUCCAAACAUAACAGCCGAAGAAUUGAUUAAACCGCUGCCUGAUGAGAUAAAAAAGAGGCCGCGUUCAAUGAACUCGUUCAUGUGUUUCAGGAGAAAAGUCUAUCUCCUGGCUGUCUCCGGCGGUUUUACAGAAGACAUAAAAGACGGCCGAUUCCUUACACAGGUCGUGGCAAAAAUUUGGAAUCAUACAAGUAAAGAGGUGAAAAAUAUUUACACUCGGCUCGCACGAGAAGUCAAGAGUAUCGACAACGAUCGUUACAAGGACGUGAAGGUGGAAAAAAAGAGAAUCUGCGAAAAGCAGUUCGUGAACACCUACAUGGUCAGCUACGGCCUUCCAAUUUCUCGCCGAGGGAAAAAUAGCAUUUCACUUCGACCCCGAAAAUCGUCAGGACGCCCAACGAAUCCACCUGUCGAAGAACGAAUCGAUUAUUCGAUUCCUUCAUUCGUGGAAAAUUCCACAACGAUUACCGCAAACCCGAUUCCCGAAUUUAUGUUUUACAACGAAGCACAUUCUUACUUUAUACUGCCAGUGUACGAACAAUCUCCGUGUUAUAAUCCCACGGAAUGGUUAUUCAACGAAAAUAUGGAUUAUCAAUAA